UUCAAAGCGCAUGAACGGAACUUCCUCUUCCCGGAUAAGCAAAACACGUGGAGUGGUCGGUACGGUUGCUUGCAGGUCACUUUAAAGUAUCUUCAUCGCCAAACCUUUGGUGAAAAAUAGUUUUUAAAAACCGAAAAUGCGGCCGUUAACAGAGGAUGAAACAAAGACCAUGUUCGAGAAACUCUCAAAGUAUAUUGGAGAGAACAUAAAGCUUUUGGUGGAUCGCCCAGAUGGAACGUAUUGCUUCAGACUUCACAACGAUCGUGUGUACUACGUAAGUGAGAAGAUUCUGAAGUUGGCCACCAAUAUUUCUCGGGAUAAGUUGGUAUCUGUGGGUACAUGUUUUGGAAAAUUCACCAAAACCCAGAAGUUCCGCCUGCACAUCACAGCGUUGGACUUCCUUGCUCCUUAUGCAAAGUUCAAGGUGUGGGUGAAGCCUGGCGCUGAGCAGUCGUUUCUUUACGGGAACCACGUCAUGAAGUCCGGCCUGGGCAGGAUCACGGAGAACACGGCGCAGUACCAGGGUGUGGUGGUGUAUUCAAUGGCAGAUGUACCAUUGGGCUUUGGAGUGGCAGCAAAAACCACACAGGAGUGUCGGCGAGUGGACCCCAUGUCCAUCGUGGUCUUCCACCAGGCCGAUAUCGGGGAGUUCAUCAGGAGCGAGGACACCCUCACAUAAAACGCUUCUCGUUACGCAAGACUGUCCCACCAUUGGCCCCUGGGGAGCCCCGUUUCUGCUCCCUCUGACCAGGGAACACAGACUGUUUGGUGCCUCUGCCUCAGCGAGCAGCCCUGACCCAGCCAGACGAGACGGCGGACAGCCCACGCGGUCCUCACCUCCCCAGGCUUGCUGGGGCAGAGCAGGGCUCAUCACACGCUCUAUAUCACACCAGGGAUGUUCUCCUAAGAUUAAAUAAAUGUUUUAUUUGUUUAUGUUUUUUUGUUUUUUUUCCCCCCCCACUGUUGAAAAUGAACUAAUGCAGUACGCCUUUCGUUGGUCAACCUGUUUAGUGAACUUGUGGACUAAUCAAAAAUCUUGUAUUUGCAAAAUUGUUGGAUUUGGUCAAGAUGUUCAAUAGAAAGUUUAGAUGAA